CCACUCUCAUCUCUAGUGAGUAUGCCCUAAACCACAAUGCAGUUAUUUAGACCCGUUUAAAUACCGAACGGACUAAUCGGAUACGCUACUGAGUAUACGGUGGAAUACAGCCGAAGACUGCUAUCUCAUAAUUUAGCGAUCAUAUGAGUUUUUCGAAAGAAAGGAGAGGGGUGAGACCACGAAAACGGAGUUCGACCCCUGCCAGCCGCUACGAACAGCAGACGGAGGCUUUGCCAUUUUCGUGGUCUGUCAGUAGACAUAUCUCUGCCCUAGUCUGGAGUAAACCAAGACGUCACAACUUCAACCAUUUAAAAACAUGCGGCUCAGCACGGUGACUCUCAUGGUUCAUCGGUGAUUGCCGAUGACCAGUUUCGCAAGAGCUGUGCAAGUCAAGGGAUCUUAAGGGAAAAGUUCGAAGACCAAAGUAAAAUAGAAAGGAUCUGUCGAAGGGGAACGAGGUGGGUGUGGACACAUUGCUACAGGCUGGCUCACAGUGAUUCCUCCGGUACGUUGUCGCGGUACGGAAUCUCAGGGAUUGUUGGAGUUACUAUGAACCGACAACAUGAAGCAGCUCACAACCGGUCUUGCGUCCAGCAGCUGUCUCCGCGCUGGAGGCCGAUGACUGGAGUGUGGCCUGUCAAAGUGAGCGGGCUGGGAUGGAGACCAAGCAGUCUCAGAGAAUCUUGGCUUUGGCUGCUGUGUCUGGCUAUCUUCACGGUCACACUGACGGACUCAAAGAAUUGCAGCCGGGAGACAAUCAAGCAUGUAGAGACGGUUCUUCGAGAGGUUCAAAUGAAACCGUUUGAUUGUAAUCUGUACACCCCUGGCGAGGAGGACUACGAGCAGAACUGCCCCAACUCAACUCUCACCUGUUUCGCUAACGAAGCAGAGGUCUUGAUGUACGAAGGGGCAAACAAGAAAUGGAAUCUGAAGAACAGACUGGUCAAGCUUAUACAUCUUAUAACAAAGAAGGACAAGGAUGGCUGUUCACGGUGUGAGUUUUACCCAGAAAAGGCAGCAAAGGACUUCCUAGAAUCCUUAAAGUAUUUCCUCCAGCAGGACUGUGCUGGCGCAUAAGCAAUAGGUGGAGACAAGGCACCACUCAUGGUCCAAUCCAACUCUCGACCAUGCAUAGAGAAAUAUACUCCAGGGCUACUCUGCUACAUUUCCACACCUAACUGAUUCUGUAGAAGAAGGGCAGAGAGGCGGUGAAGGCCUUGUCUACUGGCAUGGGGAUCUAUGCUGCUGCUAACUGUAAAAAGACUGACAAUGAGAAAGCACCAGUGGAAUUGAAAAUCGUUUGGAUGUUUGCAUCUGGAGCUCUACCUGUGACUGUCAAGAAUGUCUGACAGUGAGGAUAGCGACUUCUCCGACGCCCAGAGUGACCGAAGCAGCGAAGCCGAAGAGGCUGAGAAUGAGGAGGAACAGGCCAGUCCGACUGGUAGUGACAAGGUAGCAGAGGAGGAAGGCGAGGAUCUGGAGGAUGAGGAGGAGUAUGAUGAGGAAGAGGAGGAAGAUGAUGACGAUCGCCCCAGAAAGAAGCCCCGCCAUGGAGGUUUCAUCCUGGACGAAGCUGAUGUGGACGACGAGUACGAGGACGAGGACCCGUGGGAGGAAGGAGCGGAGGACAUCUUGGAGAAAGUUAACGAAGAAGCAGAGGUGUCCAACAUCGAUCACGUUGUUCUGGACGAGGACAACUCUGGGUCCCGCCGGCUGCAGAACCUCUGGAAGGAUUCCAGAGAGGAAGCGUUGGGGGAGUACUACAUGAGGAAAUAUGCCAAGUCUUCUGGAGGAGAACAUUUCUCAGGUGGAUCCGAGGAGCUCUCUGAUGACAUCACCCAACAGCAGUUACUUCCUGGGGUCAAGGAUCCUAAUCUCUGGACAGUCAAGUGUAAGAUAGGGGAGGAGAGGGCAACAGCCAUUGCACUGAUGAGGAAAUUCAUCGCCUACCAGUUUACAGACACGCCCCUUCAGAUCAAGUCGGUGGUGGCCCCCGAGCAUGUGAAAGGCUACAUCUACGUGGAGUCCUACAAGCAGACCCAUGUCAAGGCGGCCAUCGAGGGCGUGGGCAACCUGAGGAUGGGCUUCUGGAACCAGCAGAUGGUGCCCAUCAAGGAGAUGACGGACGUCCUGAAGGUAGUCAAGGAGGUCACCAACCUCAAGCCCAAGUCCUGGGUCCGCCUCAAGAGAGGCCUCUACAAAGACGACAUAGCCCAGGUCGACUAUGUAGAACCAAGCCAGAACACCAUAUCCCUAAAGAUGAUUCCAAGGAUAGACCUGGACAGGAUCAAAGCCCGUAUGAGCAUGAAAGACUGGUUUGCCAAGAGGAAGAAGUUUAAAAGACCGGCUCAGAGACUGUUUGAUGCUGAGAAGAUCAGGUCACUGGGGGGUGAGGUCAGUCAUGAUGGAGACUUCAUGAUCUUUGAGGCCAACCGCUACAGCCGCAAAGGCUUUCUUUUCAAGAGCUUCGCCAUGUCGGCUGUGAUCACAGAGGGGGUGAAGCCCACCCUGUCUGAGCUGGAGAAGUUUGAGGACCAGCCUGAAGGGAUCGACCUGGAGGUGGUGACCGAGGCUUCAGGUAAGGAGCGCGAACACAACCUCCAGGCGGGUGACAACGUGGAGGUGUGUGAGGGAGAGCUCAUCAACCUGCAGGGGAAGAUCCUGAGUGUGGACGGAAACAAGAUCACCAUCAUGCCCAAACACGAGGACCUCAAGGACCCCCUGGAGUUCCCAGCUCAUGAGUUGAGGAAGUACUUCCGUAUGGGCGACCACGUGAAGGUGAUCGCCGGCCGUUACGAGGGCGACACCGGCCUCAUCGUCCGUGUGGAGGAGAACUUUGUCAUCCUGUUCUCUGACCUCACCAUGCACGAGCUGAAAGUGCUGCCACGGGACCUGCAGCUGUGCUCUGAGACGGCGUCGGGCGUGGACGCGGGCGGACAGCACGAGUGGGGAGAGCUGAUCCAGCUGGACCCUCAGACGGUGGGGGUGAUCGUCCGGCUGGAGAGGGAGACCUUCCAGGUUCUCAACAUGCACGGCAAGGUAAUGACUGUGCGCCACCAAGCGGUCAACCGGCGGAAAGACAACCGUUUCGCCGUGGCGCUGGACUCGGAGCAGAACAACAUCCACGUGAAGGACAUCGUCAAGGUGAUCGACGGGCCGCACUCGGGCCGGGAGGGGGAGAUCCGUCACCUGUUCCGAGGAUUUGCCUUCCUGCACUGCAAGAAGCUGGUGGAGAAUGGAGGCAUGUUCGUCUGUAAGACACGCCACCUCGUAUUGGCUGGCGGCUCCAAGCCCAGAGAUGUGACCAAUUUCCCCGUGGGGGGAUUCGCACCUAUGAGCCCUCAUAUCAGCAGCCCCAUGCACCAUGGAGGAGGGGGUCAGCAGCAGAGGGGAGGAGGGGGAGGAGGAGGCGGAGGGGGAGGAGGAAUGGGGCGUGGCCGAGGCAGGAGAGACAACGACCUGAUUGGCCAAACUGUCCGCAUCUCCCAGGGACCGUACAAAGGGUACAUUGGUGUAGUGAAGGACGCCACGGAGUCGACAGCCAGGGUGGAGCUUCACUCCACCUGCCAGACCAUCUCUGUAGACAGACAACGCCUCACCACCAUGGGAGCUAAGAGACACAGUGGGCAGACCUCCACCCACGGACGCACCCCCAUGUACGGCUCCCAGACUCCCAUGUACGGCACCGGCUCCCGUACCCCAAUGUACGGCUCCCAGACGCCGCUGCACGACGGAAACCGCACGCCUCAUUAUGGCUCCCAGACCCCGCUGCAUGAUGGGAGCAGGACGCCAGGACAGAGCGGGGCGUGGGACCCCAACAACCCCAACACACCCUCCAGGGCGGAUGACGAGUAUGACUUUGGUUACGAUGACGAGCCAUCGCCGUCCCCGCAGGGUUAUGGGGGCACGCCCAACCCCCAGACCCCCGGGUACCCCCCGAGGUCCUCCCCCCAGGUCAACCCCCAGUACAACCCCCAGACCCCUGGAACCCCCGCCAUGUACAACACAGAGCAGUAUUCCCCCUACGCGGCCCCCUCCCCUCAGGGCUCCUACCAGCCCAGCCCCUCCCCCCAGAGCUACCACCAGGUGGCUCCCAGUCCCCUGGGCUACCAGAACACGCACUCCCCUGCCAGCUACCACCCCACGCCCUCGCCCAUGGCCUACCAGGCGAGUCCGAGCCCCAGCCCUGUGGGCUACAGCCCCAUGACCCCAGGAGCCCCGUCCCCCGGGGGGUACAACCCCCACACCCCCGGCUCCAACAUCGACCAGGCAUCCAGCGACUGGGUCACCACCGACAUCCUGGUCCGGGUCAAGGACACCUUCAUGGACCUGCAGGUGGUCAACCAGAGCGGGGUCAUACGCAGCGUCACUGGUGGCAUGUGCUCAGUGUUUCUGCAGGACACUGAGAAGGUGGUGAGCAUCUCUAGUGAACACCUAGAGCCCGUCACACCCACCAAGAACAACAAGGUGAAGGUGAUCCUGGGGGAGGACCGCGAGGCCACGGGGAUCCUGCUCAGUAUCGACGGAGACGACGGCAUCGUCAGGAUGGAGCUAGACGACCAGCUGAAGAUCCUCAACCUCCGCUUCCUGGGCCGCUUGGAGCCCUGAGCGCACACACAAACACACGGGCCUGUCGACCCUGGGCCCCCCACUGGGCUCCCCCAGUCCAGGAACAACCUUUUGGACCUUGUAUGCUGGUA